UACUAUAUUAUUGUCACACCAGUUGCGCGUGCGUCGCGAGCCUGGCGACACGGGUUGUCCGUGGCUCCUUGAACCUUACCGUGAAAGAAAUUUAAGACUCUUCCAACUUUACAUAUAAUUUGCCAAAAUGGAGUGCUACUACACAUCUGAUAGUUGCGACAGUGACAGCAGAGAGCAAAAAACUUUAGACCUGGCCAAUAGGUUAUUGGACUGUGAAGCGAUAACGUCUGAAUUGGACAUCAUUAUCAACGAGAAGAAUUGCGCGGCUAAUUUUGAGACGAUUCUGCUUUACAACAACAGAAUAAAGGCAUUACCGAGAGCGCUCAAUUGGUUCUCAAAUUUAAAAAUUCUUGAUAUAAGCAACAACCGGCUCACUGUCCUUCCAGAUGUACUAAGAAAUUGUGCGCUGUCUUCUCUUAUAGCAAAACAUAAUAAUUUAACCAAUGAGUCGCUGCCAAAGUCCUUUUUCUCAUCAAUAAGUUCUCUAAAAGAACUUAAUUUAUGCGGAAAUCAACUGAAUGUAUUUCCCGAACAGGUACUAGAGUUAUCAUCAUUAAGAUAUCUUUAUCUUGGGGGAAAUAAUAUUGGAAAUAUACCAAAAGAUAUUUGGAAACUAAGCAGUUUGCGAAUACUUUCUAUUGCUGGUAACAAAAUUGCUGAAGUACCAGAAUCAGUGGGCGCACUGAAGACACUGCAGGCGCUGGUUCUAAGUGAUAAUCAAAUUGAACAAUUGCCUGCUAGCAUCGCCAACUUACACCAACUGCGAUCACUGCUGAUACAUAAAAACAAAUUGAAAACAUUGCCAACGCAAAUAAUCAAACUAAAAUGUUUGACUGAAUUGAGUCUGCGAGACAAUCCAUUGGUGGUCCGUUUUGUGAGUGAUAUGGCAAUACAACCACCUUCCUUAUUGGAGUUAGCAGGACGUACUAUUAAACUUCACGAGGUGCCGGUGAGACCUGGCGAUGUUCCUCUUACAGUGAUCAAAUACCUUCAAUCCGCAAAUUGUUGUGUUAAUCCAAAAUGUAAAGGUGUGUUCUUUGACAACCAUGUGGAGCAUGUAAAAUUCGUUGAUUUUUGUGGACGAUAUCGUAUUCCACUUUUGCAAUAUUUAUGUAGCUCUAAAUGCAUUACCGGCAGCUGGGAGAACCGAGAAACGGAAAGAAACCCGCCAACUCACAUGAUGCAGAAGGUGCUUUUGGGAUAAUUUUCCAUAAUAUUGUUUAUUUUUGUAACAUGAGAUUAGAGAUAUCAAAUAAGCCUAAAGCUUAUAUUUUGUAAGCCGCAACUAAGAUUCAUUAAUCAUUUUAAAUUAUGUGUAAACUUAAUUAUUUUUCUUUAACUAUGAAUUGAAACAACCUUUUUUCUUUAGUAUACUUGGGUCAUUUCUAUUUGAAAAUAUUUUGAAAUUGUUGCUAGUAACAACAAAUUUUGUCAAAAGGCAAUUUUUCUUUGUAUUAAUUUCAUUGAUACAGGAUUUUAUGUUGAAACUAGCAUUUGCUAUCAGUGAUAUUAGAUACCUAAUUUUAGAAUAUAAGAAAAAUGUUUAUAAACUGUUUUUUAUUAUAAUCCAAAUGUAUGAAAUAAAAUUCUUUAUUGUUGUUA